CCUGAGGUUACCACGAGCAUCAAUGGAGACUGUUGUCAUUGUAGCUAUUGGGGUAUUGGCAACCAUCUUCCUGGCUUCUUUUGUGGCUCUGGUUGUGGUAUGCAGGCAGCGUUACUGCCGACCCAAGGACUUCUUGAGUCAUUAUGAUACCAGGCCUAUUGUUGACCUAAUUGGUACCAUGGAGACACAGUCUGAACCCUCUGAAUUGGAGAUGGAUGAUGUUGUAAUAACAAACCCACAUAUUGAAGCAAUCCUGGCAAAUGAGGACUGGAUUGACGACGCUUCGGGCCUGGUUUCUCACUGCAUUGCUAUCCUAAAGAUCUGCCACACUCUCACCGAGAAGCUUGUUGCCAUGACAAUGGGGUCAGGCGCUCAAAUGAAGUAUCCAGCAAGCCUAAGUGACAUUAUCGUUGUGGCCAAACGAAUCAGCCCAAGGUGCGAGCUGGGCUUGGGCUUGGUUCAUCAGCCUUGCCCCAAUUUCUGUUUCUUUUGCAGGACGACAGCACUGCUGCUUUCAGUGAGUCACUUGGUGCUGAUCACGCGGCAUGCCUGCCAGUUCCCCAGCCGCAUGGACUGGAUUGACCAAUCCUUGUCUGCGGCGGAGGAGCACAUGAGUGUGCUGCGCCAGGCAGCCUUGGCUUCGGAAGCUGAGCGAGUUCCUUCUGGAUCGGAAGUCUUUCUGCAGGAGCAGUCUACAAUUUAAGAACAGGGGGAAGAGGAGAGGGGACCUGUGUCAUAAAUGGCUUUGUAGUUCCUCUUCUUCAUAAAGCAUUGCUGAUGUUUUGGCAUAAUGACUGCUAUCCUGAGGAUGACAAAAGCGCCCCUUCAACUCUUCUAGUCUUGCAUCUGGAUUAGUGACUCAGAUAUAAUUGUGCUGGAGUGGGUAGAACGGGGAAGGAGGACAUAGUAUUAUUGUUAGUACAUUUUGUUUGCAAUCAGAAAUAUUUUUGCUAUGACAUUUGUUAUUUGUAAUUAAAGCAAAGAAGAAAAAGGAGGAAGUUAU